UAUUUACUAUACUCUGAAAAUAUCCUGUGGCUUUGUUAGACUGCUCCCCAGGAAUCUGGGAGACCUAAGUUCAGAUUCAUUUCCCUUGAUUCAGAGCAGUUAUUUGAUUCAAGGUUAGUGGCCUGAUCACAAGACUGUGGGCUGUUCUCAGAUCAAUCUGAUCUAUGGUAGGAUUCUUAAAUAUUAAUUGAAUAAUAGAGAAUGAUGCCUCCCCAUCGCAAAGGUGGUAAGCAUGCCUUUGAGGUACUCAGGGCUAAAAUUAUUGGGUGUGUUUAUGAAUGGCUUUGAGGUGAUGAACAUUUCCUGCAAAUGUACUGUUCAUGAAAACUAUUCUACAUAUUUGCAUAACAGUGGAACAUUAUGGACAAGAAGCAGUCUAUAUAGGUAGAGGGAAUGGAAGUAUGAAGCAGAAGUUUGUAUUGGUGUCUGCAGGCUGUAUGUGUCUAGUAGAUAUCUAGAGCAGAAGGAAUAUGUAUGACAAAACAUCGGUGUGUGUGGAAGGAGGCUGAAUCAAUGUGCAUGAAUGAUUUUCUAUAGAAUAAGUGUAGUACUUGUGCUGGGAUCCAGAGUGAGGUAACUGGACAGCAUCUGCCACACUAUUUCUUAAAGCUGUUUAGUGAUCUGCAUAGUAACAACUGCUCCAUGUGUUUGUACUGUUUUGUUCCUCAUUCUGUACAUCCAUUCUGUGUUGCAUCAGAUAAAGUAACUGAUGUAACAGUAAGAAAAUUUAAAAGUUGGGAAGCCUUUAAGUCCAAAGAGUUUUAACUCAGUUGUAUUGUACCCAGUCACUACAUUUGAUAGACAGCUUGCGCUGCUAAUGUAUUCUACAAACUGUUUUUCCAGAGUUAGGGAAAGCUGUAUGCUGUACUUACAAUGUUGCAAUCUUUAACCUUUUGUUACUUAAAAAAGGUUGGGCGGUUCCUGUUGCCUUCCCAUACCCAGUAAACAGUCUGACUGCUUAGUGGAUUUUGGUAAUUUACUGACUUCUUAACAAACUGUAUUGGAGAGUGUACUUGCAGUACAUGCCAGCUUUGAUGGAGACAGAUGUUUAUAGACUACUUGGUCCAUCACUAAAUUUCUAAAUUGUUGAUGAAUUAUUCAUCUUUUUUUUCCUUUGCCUUUCUAAGAUAUUACUCACAUCUUCAGCAAGUUCAAGCUUUUUAUACGUUUCCGUUCCAUCCAAUGAUGACUGCAGUGCCCAACAUGGAAAUCAUGGCUGAGCAGCCAACUCUGGAGGACAUUCCAGAGCCAAACUUGGCUCAGGAACCUACUAAAGAAGUUGCAAAAGGGAAAGGAGGAAGGAAAAGAAAAGCCAAAGCAACUGAGCCAAAGCAACCCAAAAAAACUGCUGCUAAAAAAGAAAAAUCAACCAAGUCUAAAGGCAAACAAGAAAAGAUCACAGAUACUUUUAAAGUCAAAAGAAAAGUGGACCGUUUUAAUGGUGUAUCUGAAGCAGAACUUCUUACCAAGACUUUACCUGAUAUUUUGACCUUUGAUCUGGACAUUGUAAUAAUUGGCAUAAACCCUGGCUUGAUGGCAGCUUACAAAGGACAUCAUUAUCCUGGACCUGGAAACCAUUUUUGGAAGUGUCUCUUCAUGUCUGGUCUAAGUAAUGAACAACUGAACCAUAUGGAUGACCACACCUUACCACAUAAAUAUGGGAUUGGAUUUACGAACAUGGUGGAAAGGACAACACCUGGAAGCAAAGACCUCUCCAGCAAAGAGUUUCGGGAAGGAGGGCGAAUUCUGAUGCAGAAAUUGCAAAAGUAUAAACCUCGUAUAGCAGCUUUUAAUGGAAAAUGUAUUUAUGAAAUUUUCAGUAAAGAAGUUUUUGGAAUAAAAGUUAAAAAUUUGGAAUUUGGAUUGCAGCCACACAAGGUGCCAGAUACAGAAACUCUCUGCUAUGUUAUGCCGUCAUCCAGUGCAAGAUGUGCUCAGUUUCCUCGUGCACAAGAUAAAGUUCAUUAUUACAUAAAGCUGAAAGACUUAAGGGACCAACUGAAAGGCAUCGCACCAAACACAGAGGUGCAAGAGGUGCAGUACACAUUUGACUUGCAACUUGCACAAGAGGAUGCUAAAAAAAUGGCCGUCAAAGAAGAAAAAUAUGAUCCAGGUUAUGAAGCAGCAUAUGGAGGAGCUUAUUGUGAUCGUGCAAUAUAUGAAAAUGAACAGUGCAAUUUCUCUUCAAAUGGAACUGCAAGCAAUCCACAGUACUGUGAGGGGUCAUCCUUUGGUGAAGUUCCUAAUGGACAAUGGAUGACGCAGUCCUUUGCAGACCAGAUUCCAGGAUUCAAUACUGGAAUGACACAAGAAGAAGAAGGAAGCAGUGCAUAAGUGCUGUUUCUUCUCAGCUAUGUAUACAUGCUGCAGUUUUAAUGCAGUGAUCAAGAUUGGUACCUCGGUUCUCCCAACUGAAGCAUUUUAAUAGCAUUUUAUUUCCCCUAGUUAUUUUAUUAUAGUCAAAACUAAUUGUGUGUAGUAGGCUAAAAUCAAUGAACUAGAUAAUUUUAAGAAACUCCAAUCUUUUUAAAAAAACAAAAGUUAGCCCUUUUUUGUAUAUGAGUUUUAUAUUUAAUGUAUAUCCUUUCUUGCAGUUCUUGACAAACUGCUUUCUCAUUUGUGAAGAUUACCUUGGCACGUUAAUUUUAUUCUGUAAUUUGUAAUGUAGUAGUAACAGCAAUGGUAUACUUUUUACUGAUGCCUCAUAUAUUUGGAUAUGUCAUAAUCCUUUUAUAUCCAAAGAGAGGAGAAGGGAAAGUAUACCUUGAUAUUACAGGUAGCAAUGUUUUUAAUCAUACAGAGUUAAACAAAUUGUGUUUUUAAGUCUGCCUGUUACCAUCUUAAAAAUGCAGAAGGUUGUGUUCUGCAGCUGGGAGUACUGAGUAUUUUAUGGGCAAGAAUACAGAGCUCUGUCUACUUAGUGACUGUACCAUAUCAGGACUAAGGGACUAGAGACAUCAUCUUCUCAAGUCAUAAUGCUGGGGAGGAAAAUUUAGAACCUAGAAUAUUCUAUCUGAGCUGUCCUAAUUUCAGAUCUCCCUACAACUCCAUUCUUCCGUCUGAAAUUCCAACGCAAGAAACUGGAAUUCUUUAAAAAGAAAAAAAAUAAGUGGUUCUUGAAUUCUGUGGCAUUUAAAUUCUUGGCCUUUUUUUUACGUGAUUAGUCCCUUCACCUGACCUAUUGCUAGCAACAUCACUAGCAGGAGACAACCCCUUUUGAACAGAUUAUACUGCAGGGACUUGAAAGACCACUUCUCUGUAAAAUUAGUGUAUGGUUACAUUAUCUGUAUCUGCAAUGUAAAUCAAACAAAACUGUGUAUCUUACAACUGGCACAACAUGAAAGAAGAUUGCGAUUUAGCAAUUCUUAAUGUUCAUUUCUCUUCAAUCUGGAAGACUUCAGAGAGUGUUCUCCUUACUCCUCUUACAAGAAAAGAAAUAUUAAGUUAAAGAUGAGCAAAGCUGUUCCAAGAAUAAGAAGGCAACUGUGGAAACUACAGCUUUCUUUUUGAGGAACUUGCUUAAAACGUACGCUCUUUGAUGAUGUGGCCAACAUGUGACUGAGAAAGAAAAGAGAUUCCACACUUGUGCCUAAUCAUCAUCAUCUUUCCCUCUUUUAAUAUAUGAGGAAGAAAUGAAGUAAAAGCAAUAAGCUGAUCAAGACUUUUAAGUUUUGAUGAACUUAUGAGAGUAGGUGCUUCACAUACUUGAAAAAUAGAUACAAACAGUAUCUCCACAGUCCAUGCUGGUCAGAGAUUCCUAUGCCAGUGUUCUUACCCUUUCCUCACAGCCAUUGACAGUUGAAACACACUGAGUGUACCUAGUUAGUGUAGAUUCUAAUCCUGCUGCAACAACUGUCACUGAGAUCACACACUGUCAACCUGUUGUGAGGCAGGUAUGAUGUUUACAGUUUUCUUCCCAAAUUAUGUGGCUUAAUUCUAAGCGUCUUAAAUCAAGGAAGUGUGCAUUAUGAUUCUGAUUGUGUUUAUUAGCUUCAGCAUAAAGCUGUUCAGUAUAUUGUCCAAAUGGUAGAGGAUUUGUCUUGUCUGUUAUUUAAAGUGUACUGUAUCAUGUAUCACUGUUUACAUGGACAUUUUCCUGCAGGUGCUCAAAGUAUCUUGUAUCAGGGAUUUGUUACAACUCAAUUUUAUUUUUCAACAAACUUAGAAGCAUGUAAUUUAGCAUUGCUGAGUAGGUAAUACAGUAGUAUAUAACUACUGUAAGGAGGGUUUUUUCAAUUUUGAAGGGAAAGGUCUCUUUAAAAGAGAUACCUACUAGGCUAUCUAAGUAUAAAAUAUAGUUAAGUGUACAAUGACAGUUUCACUAAAUAUUUUAAUUCUAUGUGUACUCCCUCAGAAUUGGUGCUCUUUUCAUUACAGUAAUGCAGAGGUUCUUAAUCUGUCUUAAACCUACAAAUGUUUGACAAUAAAAUCAGGAAUUGUAUUGCAGUGUCUUAGAAUGUAAUUUUGCAUUUUGGUAGCGGUGAUCUGUUUAUAUUACCGGGUAUGUAGUACACGGACUGCACCAGCACAGUGCUCAGAGAGACACUACACUGCAAAACAGUCACCAUGCAAGAGAACUCCACUUACUUGAAAUGCUCCGUAAGUUUUAAUUUCAGGCUGCUUAAUGUGGGCUAGAAGACUAAAUACAGACUAGAUUUUUCUAGCAGCAGAUAUUAGUCUUAUUUAUAAAGACCUUACAUUAAAAUACUAUGUCUAGCACUGAAUUUCACCUCUGUAAAUGUUUAAUGAAAGUACUUCAUUGUCAAGUAAAUUUUUUUCUUCACCUUACUUGAAAGUCAAGGUGAUCUGAAUUGCAUAGCUGUCACUCCACCCCUCUCCACUUAUAAGUGCAUAUAACUGAUCAUCAGUUUAUAGCACUACUUAACAAAUACUUUGUUUUUUAAAAUCAGUUAAUUACACAAUUUGACAGGUCAUAUCUCCAAUUACCACGUACUGCACAACAUCAUGUAUGAAUGCAUUAGACUGUUUUCAGUAUCAGCUUUCAGGACGAGUUAAUUUGAACUUCCCUAAGGGAUCAGGAAUAAACCAGUUUUCCCAGAGAUCAGUGUGAACACUGGGGUAGUCCCAAGGUUUAUAUCUUCCAUUCCAGUGAAGUAAUUUAGCUUCUUGAAGAAAAUGCUCUGAAUAGCGAGUAUCAGGACUCCAACCUGCAUCACGGGUACACAAAAAUUUAGUUUUCAAUAAUGGAAGACGCUAUGAAGUGAUGUUCCAAAAAAAAAAAA